UCGUCUGACCAUCUUCCCGCUUCUGCGCAUCUGUACCCGGCCUAAACCUCCUGUUUUACCCCUUCACUGUUAGCCCCCAGAAGAUCACAACAUGUCGGAGUUCAACGCGGUACCGCCACCGGGUGCCGGUGCAGCCCUCGGAGCAGGUGGACUCAAGAAAGAUGCUUUUGCGGACGCGGUUCAGCGAGCUCGGCAGAUUGCAGCCAAAAUCGGAGGAGAUGCUGGACCCCCGAUGACAAACAACGGAGGAGCUGAGAGCUACCCCUUCGCCGCCCAGAAACGUUCUCUUGAAGACGCAGACGAGCCAGAGAGUAAGAAGAUGGCCACCCAGAGCGACAGAGACUCCGGCGCCAUCCCCGAAUGGGCCGCACAAGCAUCCAUGGGUGCGCAGCUGGCUGCCCUGUCCCAGCAGAGCAAUGUUGCUCGUCCCUCACAGAUGACAGAGGAUUACAAAGUGCCUGACGGAAUGGUGGGGCUGAUCAUUGGUCGAGGAGGGGAGCAGAUCAACAAGAUCCAGCAGGAUUCGGGCUGCAAGGUCCAGAUCGCCCCCGACAGCGGCGGCAUGCCCGACCGCAGCGUCUCCAUCACCGGGUCGCCAGAGUGCAUCCAGCCUCCCAUGGUCCUGGAGCACGUGGAGAAGAAAGCGAAGAUGCUAUUGGACGAGAUCGUGUCGCGGGGGCGUGGCACCCCUCCCACGGCGUUCCACGAGAACGGCGGCCAAGGCGGCGGCCAGGGCGGGCAGGGCGGCCACAUGCAGGAGAUGAUCAUCCCCGCCGGCAAGGCUGGACUCAUCAUCGGCAAGGGAGGAGAGACCAUCAAGCAGCUGCAGGAGCGUGCCGGUGUGAAGAUGAUUCUGAUCCAGGAUGCUUCCCAGGGUCCCAACAUGGACAAGCCCCUGCGCAUCAUCGGAGACCCCUACAAAGUGCAGCAAGCGCGUGAGAUGGUGCAGGAGAUCCUGAGGGAGAGGGACAACCCCGGCUUUGAGAACCGCGGCGAGUACGGUUCCCGCAUGGGAGGAGGGCUGGAGAUUCCAGUUCCGCGUCACUCAGUGGGUGUCGUGAUUGGCCGAAGCGGUGAAAUGAUCAAGAAGAUUCAGAAUGACGCUGGAGUCAGGAUACAGUUUAAGCCAGACGACAGCAGCGGUCCCGAUAAGAUCGCCCACAUCAUGGGUCCCCCCGACCGCUGCGAGCACGCCGCCAGCAUCAUCAACGACCUGCUGCAGAGCAUCCGCGCCCGCGAGGAGGGAGGCGGGGUAAGAGAGGGUGGGAGUGAGGAGGGAGACUGGGGCCCUCCCGGUCCUCCAGGCACCGGUAUGCCCCCUGGUGGUCGAGGACGGGGGCGCGGCGGUCCCCCCGGCGGCUGGGGUGGCCCCCCCGGUGCUGGCGGCGGCGAGAUGACCUUCUCCAUCCCGGCGCACAAGUGCGGCCUCGUCAUCGGGCGCGGCGGCGAGAACGUGAAGGCCAUCAACCAGCAGACGGGCGCCUUCGUGGAGAUCUCGCGCCAGCCGCCACCCAACGGCGACCCCAACUUCAAGCUGUUCGUCAUCCGCGGCUCACCGCAGCAGAUCGACCACGCCAAGCAGCUCAUCGAGGACAAGAUCGAGGGUCCUCUGUGUCCUGUUGGACCUGGUCCUGGUGGUCCAGGCCCCGCUGGGCCAAUGGGCCCCUACAACCCAAACCCAUACAACCCAGGCCCACCUGGUGGACCCCCACAUGGAGGCCCCCCUGGAGGUCCCCAGUAUGCUCCUCAAGGAUGGGGCAACACCUACCAGCCCUGGCAGCCACCUGCCCCGCACGACCCCAGUAAAGCAGCAGCAGACCACAGUGCAGCCUGGGCUGCCUACUAUGCGCAGUACUACCAGCAGCCACAAGGUGGCGCCAUGCCGGGUCAGAACCCAGCCGCCCCGGCAGCUGCUCAGCCCCCUGCGGAUCAGAACCAGCAGGCCCAGGCGGCCGGCGGGCAGCCCGACUACACCAAGGCCUGGGAGGAGUACUACAAGAAGAUGGCUCAGGCAGGAACUCCAGCAGCUCCUGCGGCGGCGGCGGCUCCAGCAGCUUCAGCAGCAGCUGGGCAGCAGGACUACAGCGCCGCCUGGGCCGAGUACUACAGGCAGCAGGCCGCCUACUACGGACAGACUGGACAGAGCCAACCGGCCGCCCCGCAGCAGGGACAGCAGGCGCAGUGAAGCCCCGUCUCUCUGUUCGGCGAACGUCACCACCCUCCUCCUCCUCCCCUCGGACUCUGCCCUUCUCUCUCCAGCAUCUCCACCCCCCUGCCCAGAACCUGGAGCCAAGCAGUUUAGUUUUGCUUUACUCCUUU